CCCUAACAGGACUAUGUCAUCUGCUGUUGAGUAUUACGUAAUUUAUAACUUUUAUUUAUAUUUUUGAAGUUACUUCUGAGUAAUUAUAUCAGUUAUGUCACAUACACACACACCUUCUAUUACUCAAUAAUGGACUACUGUACAUUUUUGGUAAAUAUAAAUACGACUAUUUAGCCUCUGAAGAUGGUUUCGUUGAUAAAGAAGAGGAGAUUUUCUCCGCUGAAUUUGUCUUUUAUUUUUCACUCUCUUGAACAUUGCCCAAAUUUCUUUGCUCUAGAGUUGCGUGUGUGCGUCGGUGGCACAGUGGUAGAGGGCUCGCCAACCACGCAGGUGGUCCGACAAGGCACUUUCAUUUACCUCGCUAAGCCAGUAAGUAAGAUUGAUAAAGAGAGAAGGUUGGGCCAGGUAAGGCUAGCGACUCCUUCCUGUAAAGGUAAUCACCACUGCUACAGCAACUUACAAUCUCUAGUUUGAAGGUGCCCUAUGUUCCCCUGGGAACGUGAAGGAAUAAAAAAGAAAAGUUGCGUGUACACGUUAAGCAUUUUUGAGAAACACUCAAAAGGCUGCAAUGCGCCCUUGACCUUGGCGGCCUGUUCGAAUUUUUGGGCCUGCUACUAUAAUAUCUACAUUUUGCAUCCAGUCCUCUAUUUACCAACAUUCAUUUAUCACCUAAAUAUGAAUUCUAACAGAAUCAUUUACUCUCGUAACUUUAUUAAUCAUUUACGACCAAAUGACUUUCAUAUUCCAAAGAAACCAAGAGGAAACAUCGUAGUGGUUGGCAGAGAGCUCUCAAACGUACACCAAUACACUUAACUACGGUCCCCGUCAUAAUGAACACAAACUGUCGCUCUCUGCCAAACAAGAUAAUGUACCUACAAUCCUGAUGUCAACUGAUACGUAUCAUAACACCGCCAUAAUCACAUUACAAGAAACGUGGUUGCAUGAACUGUAUGAUGACAACCUUAUCUCACUAAAGGACUUUAUUUUAUUUCGUCAAGACCGUCAAUGUUGUAAUAAGAAAAAUGGUGGUGGCGUUGCAACUUUUAUUCACUCCAAAUGGUCUGUCUCAAAUAACGUCUGCUUCACCUUCUCAAAUGACUUCAUUGACUGUAUUACUGUCAAAUGUCGCCCCAAACAUCUCCCCAAAUAUAAACAAUUCUAUAUUACAAACAUGUACAUUUCUCCUAGUUGCUCUCCAUCUGAUCUAUCUAAUUUUGCUGAUGAAUUCACCAUGUUUGCUGCUGCCAACUUCGACAACUCUCUAUCCGUUAUUACUGGAGACUUCAACACAUCAGAUUGCUCCUUUCUUGAAGCUCUUGGUCACACAAACAUAGUCAAAUUUCCCACUCGACUUGACAAAACACUCGACUUAGUUUUUACUAAUGACGAAGGAGUAUAUGAAACACGUAGACGUUCACCGAUACAUAACUCCGAUCACUGCAUUGUCCGCGUUUUGCCAAAAAUAUACAGCAAAACACAUAUUAAAAUCUUCUCACACCUGUCUACGAAGCACAACAAAGAAGCUACACAUCUGACAACUUACUCAAUCUAAGAUGCAUGUUAAAAGAUACCAACUGGGAUCUAUUCUAUGAAAGUACAUUAGAUGACUCAAUCACCAAUAUAAUGGAUUAUCUUAAGUUCUGCCUCGACAUAUGCUGUCCCAAACAAACACUGUUCAAACGCCUCGACCGCUUCUCGUCUCCCCAUCUCAAACAACUUCGCAGGCAAAAAGAAAUGUUAUAUAAAUGCAAAGACAAGUUAGGACUUAAAAAGAUUAAUGCUCAAAUCAAAUCUGAAAUCAAAAAUCUUAAUGCUAUCUAUAACCAAACACUUUUAUCAUGCAAAUCUCCUAACAGCAUGUGGAAAUUUUUCAAUGAAAUUACUGGCAAUAGUAAGCGAUGUAAUGUUUUUCCCUCUUGUGAUGUUAAUGCUCUUAAUCUGUCUUUUAUACGCUCUCCUUCUACUAUAACCACUUCUAACGUUACUAAUCUUGUAGCUGAUAACUUCCAGGACUUCAAUACUCUCGAUGUUUUGAAAUGUCUUAAAACUCUUAAGCCCUCACAUAGUCUUGGCCCUGAUGGCAUACCUGCAUAUGUUCUAAAACAAUGUGCAGAUGCUUUAUGUUCUCCUCUAACUAAUAUCCUAAAUGCUUCUUUCUCCGAAAACGUUGUACCUGUUCCAUGGAAAGACAUUAAAAUAGUCCCUGUCCCUAAACCUGGAAAUAGCAAGAACGUAAAGUUCAGACCCAUUGCCAUCACUUCCCCGUUUCUAAAGCUCAUGGAAAAACUAGUACUUCUUAAACUCGAACCCUCCCUUAAAAGCUUCGAAGACCCCAAACAAUUUGCCUACAGACAGGGUAGGAGUACUUUAGACGCUGCAGCCGUCUUACACAACAGUAUUGUCUCAUCAUUAGACAAAGGUGCCAAAUAUGUCCGCUGCACGUUUCUUGACUUCACUUCUGCUUUCGACUCUGUACCUAGAAGUCUCUUGCUAAAUAAGCUCUCCAUGACACAAACCGAGUCCUGGGUCACUAACUGGUUGCAUUCCUACUUUUCAAACAGAAUGCAGUACACCGUAUACAAAGGCGAAUCCUCCUCUGCUGUGCUCACUGAAGCUGGUGUCCCCCAAGGUGCUGUACUCUCCCCACUUCUCUUUUCAUUCUUCCUACAUGACCUACCGUCUUCAAAUGACAUUAACUUUGUCAAAUAUGCUGAUGACCUAACUGUAUCUUUACCUGUCAAAUGUCAAAGUGACUGCUCUAAACUAAAUGGCUUCUUAUCAGAAAUUAGCCAAUGGUCCAAGGAAAACGGUCUCACCUUAAACCCCUCCAAAUGCCAAACAGUUAAUUUCACCUUUAGGCAUAAAUCUGACCUAAACAAACUGGUUAGCACUCACGAGGUGUGCAACAUAGAUGGCAGUGAAAUAGAAACCAAGUCGGAAAUUAAAUACCUAGGCGUCACUCUAUCUUCUGAUCUUUCCUGGUCGUCUCAUAUCUUGACGAUUUCCAAGAAAAUAUUCCGUCUUACCUUCUACAUCAAGAAGUUAAGACAUUCUGGUGUAACCCAACCCUUACUCCUACAAUUUGUUAACUCCCGUAUUCUGCCUAUUAUUCUCUAUUGCUCCCCCUUAGUCUUUCCUGGGCUAUUGAAGAAAGACUAUACCUUAUUACGUAGGAUGUUAAAGGUUGUCAGCAGGGUAAGCAGUUUGCCACUUAGCCAGCUUGUUAAUAUUCUGGUGGACAGGCACAUGGACUCAUGUGAAAAAUGGGCGAAAUCCAUUUUAUCUGACUCACAACACCCUCUACAUUCACAACUCUCCCCAUGUAUCUCUUCAGGGAAAACAAGAAGCCUAUAUAGGAAACUAUAUGCCCGCACUAGUAAGUACAAAAACUCAUCCAUACCCUACCUAGCUCGUGUUCUGUGCGAUAAAGAAAGCAUUAGGCGGGAAACCUUUAACUUAUUAAAUAGUCAGUAGAACAAUGGAUCUCGUCUUUCCAACUCACAUCAUUUACAGGUACAACGUUUUCUCUCUACCUUUUUUUCUUCUGUAUUUAUUUUUGUUAUGUGCUGUUUUGUUUCUCUCUUCCUUGCAAACUCUACUUAAAACAUUCUUGUUCGUUCUUUCACACUCUGUAUAUCUCGACCAUUUUGCUAUCGC